AUGGAGAAAUUAAAUCCUUUUCUGCAAAACAAUUCGUUGAGCUUGUUUGAGCUUGCAAAAAAGCUAAAAGAACGUCAUUUUUUCGAAACUUUCCUCAAUGAAACACAGUACAAGAUAAUUGACUACAUUUUGCUGUUGGACGAUGUAGAAGUUUGGAGCCAGUUUCUCGAGGGCAACUUGUACUUGCAAAAGAAAAGUGAACAAAAUCAGCAAUCCGAAUCAAUUACCAGCGAAAGGAUAGAAAAGCCUGUUUUGGACGUUAUUGAUGAUGAUGGUGAAGGAGAAGACAAGAAAGCCACUGGAAAAGAAGACAAGCAAGAGGAAACUUCGGAGAAAGGAGCAGCAAACCAAAAGGAAGACAAUUUAAGCGAAGUUGAGCAAAAUUUAGAGCAGCCAUUUGAAGAGGGUGUUACGUUCACCAAGAAACUAGCACUACAUAUCAGAUAUCUUCUAUGGGAAAAAGCCAUAGAUUUUUAUUACGAGUCAGAAUCCCUAGAUAAAAAUUUGAGUUACAUUGAAGAAGUGAGUGAUGAUUACGAGUUGAUUGAUUCUAUGACCAAAGCUGAGAAGAAAGAUUAUGAAUCAGAGGUGAAGGAAACAAUUGAAAAGACCAAGGUACGGGAGGAAGAAGAUGAUUAUGACUUUGAUGAAGAUGAAGAUGAAGAGGCGGAAGAGGAAGAUGCCAAAACAAAAGAAACAGACGAUACCAAGGAUAGUAGUCCACGCUUCAACGAUUCUAACCAGUUGAUCUUAGAAGUCCCGCUUUCAAUAUUUUCUCCAAAACCUGUUAAUGAUAGUGAAGACGGAAAUGUGCCAAGUGGCGAUGCAUCUACUAACCAGACUACCACAUCAAACAUCGAAAAUAACAAUGAGAACCUGGACAAGAUAAUUCAAGAAUUCAAUAAGGUGUAUCACAAUUUCGAAUACGAUAGGGAAACGUUGAUAAAACGGCGAAAAUUGGAACAGUCUGAUUUACAGUUGGAAAAGACCAAACCAGAAAAGAACGAUGCCACAAAACACCAGAUCAAACGACAAAACACUCAAAUGGAAAUUGCUUUGGGAACGGGGUCGACAUCGCUACAGCAUUUGCUAUCAACUAUUGAAGCUAAAAGGGACAAGAUUCCAUUAAACGAUCACGAACUUCGAGCAUUGUUUAUGGAUGUUCGCAAGAAUAGAGGCAAAUGGGCAAACGACGACCGAAUUGGCCAAGAAGAGCUAUACGAGAGUUGUGAGAAAGUAGUCACCGAGUUGCGUAACUACACAGAACAUUCAACAUUCUUCUUGAACAAGGUCUCUAAAAGAGAAGCUCCCAAUUAUGGCCUAAUCAUCAAAAAGCCAAUGGACUUGAACACGGUCAUGAAAAAGUUGAAGAACUUGGCAUACAACUCGAAACAAGAAUUUGUUGAUGAUCUAAUGUUGAUUUGGAGUAACUGCUUGACGUACAAUGCUGAUCCCAAACACUUUAUACGAGCUCAUGCGAUUGCCAUGCAGAAAAAGACUUUGAAGUUGGUACCCUCUAUUCCUGAUAUAACAAUCAAGAGCAAAGCGGAUCUCGAAAAGGAAGAGGAAGCUGACUUGAAAAAGAGACUCAAGGAAGGUAGUAAGGAGGACGACGAAGAAGAGGAUGAGGAAGAUGAGGUUAAAGGUGCCAGAGGUGGCAAAAAGUCUGCCAAGCAAGGAAGGAAAAGAACUCGCCUGGAUGACUUGAAAAACGAAACAGCAGGGACUGAAAGUGCGACACCAGCUGGUAUGGGGACUCCCUCGGCAGCUGGUACUCCUGCUCCACAAACGGGUGAAGCAACGAGUGAAGAACCUUCAAGACAAAAUGGUGCUAGCUUAAAUGAGGAAGAGGAAGAAGAUGAAGAAGAAGAAGAAGAGGAAAUGAACGGGGCUGGAGGAAAUGAUGAAGAGGGCUCUGGAAUGACCAAUGGAAAUCUUGAAAAUGAGGAAGAAGAAUUUGACCCCGAAUUACAAGCAUGGAGGACUCUCACUGCAAAAUCACGUGCUAAUUACUGUGCACAAAGAGCUGACCUUUUUGACCAGAAUUUGCACCUUCGAUCGGAUGCACCAGCAUUGACCAGAAAGCUGAACGAGAUGCUGAAUUUCGAUCAUUACUUGUCUAAUCGUGAAGUGAUCUCAAAAACAAAUAAUAAUUUGCUCGAAAACGAUGAGCCGUAUUUGGUUGAGUACGAUGUAACUGGGGGACUUCCGGGUUUCGCAUUUGAGGGAGUGAGCAAGGAGAUUGAGGACAUUACGGAGAAUAAAUUGGUGGAUGUGUUUUUACAGCAAAGUGGUGGCGAUGCAUCCAAGUUGAAGUCAAAGUUUGUUUUGUCAAAUGAAUCAGGAUUGAACAAGUUGUACUUUGAGAACAUUUCCGAGAUUCAGGAAAUUCGAAAGAUAUGUUUCAAGAUAUCAUUGAUACGUCAGAUGCAGACACAGCAGUUUGUUCAUCAUACCCAAAUGCAGCAACCUGAAAUCGAAACAAUAAAGGAAGUGGAUUGUGACGCAGCUUCCAAACUACCCAAUCAUGACCCAAACACACACGAUAUACAAUACGCAGUCUUGAGGAGAAACGUGGCCAAGAUUGCCAUGCAAACUGGAUUUGAAACCACUGAAAGUGCCGCCAUUAGCACAUUGACACAAAUUGCUGAGAUGUAUAUUGGCAAUAUUGCCAAGUCAAUGAAGUUGCACUGCGAGACUAAUUCACGAAAUCGGUUAUCACCAACUGAAAUCCUUUUGUUGUCGUUGUUGGAGAAUGGGGUGGAAAAGCCAGAUGAUUUAUACACAUUCAUUCAAGAAAAGAUUAUGAAACAGCGAAAGAAGUUGACUGAGUUGCGACUGGGUCUUUCCAACUUCUUAAAAGAUUUAUUGCGGCCUGGGUUGGAAAAUUUCAAUGAAAAGAGUUUUGCUGAUAAUAGUGAACAAUUCGUUACUGGAGACUUCUCCAAUGAUUUGGGUGAUGACUUUUUUGGAUUUAAGGAACUAGGCUUGGAUAAAGAGUUCAACAUGUUGACGUCCUCAAUUCCGAUUUAUUUAUUACACUCACGUCUUCAUAAUCAAUUCAGUGGCAAUGGAGCAGCAACCAAGCGCAACAAAUAUGAAGAUUUGCAAGAUUAUGAGCCUGCUAAGUUGUAUGCCAGUGAUGUGGAAAAACAAAUUGGAUUGCUUAUUCCAUUUUAUGAAAAAUUGAGCGAGCGUUCUAAACAGCUGUACAUCAAAGCUCAAAAGAAGAAAGGUGAGAGUCUUGACCUACCCGAUGAUUCACAGUUUGCUCUUAUUGAAGAUGACGAUUUGCCUCAGAAGCAAAGAAAUUUUAGACCUAAGUUGCCGCCUACUGGUAAGAUUACCUCUAUUAAGAAGAAAAUCAUUGCCAGCUCGUUCUUUUUGCCGGAGGAUGACGAGAUUCAAGAUGAUGCUGUGGAAAAGGAGGCAGAAGGGACUGUUAUAACGGAGAAGACGGGAGAAACAGAGACAAGUAAGACUGGAACCGAAGCGACUCCUGAAAUCAAAAAUGAAAAUAAGGCAGUGGCGGAGGAGAGUAAGGUCGUCUCAAACUCAGCAGGUGAAUUUGCUGUGAAGCAGGAGAGUAACGCCACUACCAAGGGAGAUGACAGCAAGGAAAAGUCUACUGCAAGAGCAGACAGGGUUGAGGGUGAGACGCCAACGAGUGAACAGGGUAAGGGUUUUGAAGUUCCAAAUGUAGCAUUGGACACGGCUGAUUUGGAUACCCCUAUGGACAAUGCUUUAGAAGAUGUAUCACCGGCAGAGACGCUGAAAGAGUAG